AUGCAACUAAAGCGAAUUACUGAUAGCAUCCAAAUUGAUUAUGUUGCUACCACUUUGAUUCCUGCAGUGCGUGAAGAACAUCUUAAAACAUUCAAAAAAUACAAAGAUAGGAAAUGGGAGGAGAUUAAAUAUUCCGAAGCAUUCCCUUUAUGGAAAGGUGUUACUGAUGUAAAGAUUGAGCUAGAAUUAAUUAGCAAUAAAGUAGUUGUUUUAAAUAAUAGUGAUAUAAAAAAUUUAGAAGAUUCUCUAAAGCAGCUUACUGAUAUACCAAAAUGGAACGAACGAAUACAAAAAUUAUCUGUACUCGUUGAAAUUUUUAAAGUGUCACCUAAAACCGAGGACUGGUUAGGAAGAUCUUUGAAAAUUUUCAGAGAUGACAUAUUAAUUUUAGGGAAGCUUGUUGAAUUUGCGAAAUAUAUUAAGAAUCAUAAUCCAGACGAUGAUGAGAAUUAUUGGUUAUUUAUUAAAGAGUUAUCGUCUUCUAGUGAACUUUUGGAAUUUCUUCAAGACAUAGCUGAACAUGAUAUUAAGAGUUUAAUCAACUGUGUAGAUGCUUAUUCUGAUGGACAGCUAACUCAAAAAGACACUGUAUCAUCACUCAUUCAGGUUAAACAGCUUAGAAACAUUUCAUAUGGAGAAGAAGUGACAAAAGAAAAAAUUCAAAAUGCAGUAUUAAAGGGAAUUUAUACUUUUGAAAAGGACGACAAGAGCAAUAAAUUUAAUAUCACUAUAGAGCAUCAGACAUACUUGCCUGAUGAAAUGCAACUAUAUAACAUGUCUGACUUACAAAAUUUACGUGAACUUGCUCAACUGAUCGCAAAACCAACCAAUACUAGCACAGAUUUGACAAAAGAGAAAAAUUCAAGAAAAAUAAUGAAUGAAUUUGUAUUGCAAGUUGAUACAGCGCAAGAAAUUCUUAAUGUUGGAUCUAAACUUAUCCAAAUGGGGCAUUUUGAUUAUAGACAAUUUAAGAAAGAAAUUAUAUGUACAGAAGAAAGAUUUGGAACUACAGAAAUGAAAGAUUUAUUGGUAAAGCUUAAAGCGGAUUUACAAAACUGGAAAAAAGUAGUGGAUGAAGCACAAGAGCAACAUUACUAUUUGACAUUCUUCCGUGCGUGUCUUAUUCUUGCCUUUUAUGACUAUUUUACAUAUGUGCAAGAUAACGAAAACACAGAGAUCUGUAGAACUCUUAUAAAAGGCGAACGUGUUAUUUCUGAUGUUGUCGAUAGAGGUAAAUUAUGUGUUGCCUCAUGUAACGAUAAAUUACGUGUACCAAAUAUUAUUAUGAGUUUGUAUACUAACCAUGGUUCCUACCCCGAACCAUGGCAAAUCUUAAUUUGUACAAAAUCUACAGCUAUUGAAGAGCUUAAUCUUUUUAUCAAACGUUGCUUUUUUGCUGCAAAAAAUGGAUAUGGAGAAAAAUUAUUCUGUGUUGCAAAUUUAGAGUUACUCGAGCUUGAAUUGCAAUAUGGCCUAGUUGAAAGUAUUCGAUCAAUGUGUGAUAAACAUAAUGAUUAUUUAUUAGCAUUAAUUUGUUGUCGUGAGGGCUCGUUCCAUCAUCACAUAUUGGAUCAAUUUUCACAAGAUGUUCAUUCAACAAAUGGUCUUAACGCUGAAGCUAUGAAAAAUAUUUAUUGCGAUCUAUGCAGUAAUAUUGUUUGUGUGUCUUCAGAUCUAUCUGGGCAAGGAAAGACCGAAUGGAUUAAGCAAGCUAGCUUUGAAAAAAAGAAAUUAUUGCGUGGUUUUUUAAUUAGUGAUGGAGCAGAUUUUGGAAGUCUGGUUCGUAAAUUUAGAGUGUGUAAACUUCAGCCAUUUGAAAGCUUACAUAUAAAUAUUAUAUCAGCCUAUAAUUUCAAUGAAAUCAAUAUGUUCUUAUUUGAGUUAUUGACAUUAAAAUUUGUUUCUUGCAAAGUUGAUAUAGCAAGUUUGCCAAACACACCUGUAUUUAUUGAAAUAGCAUCAACAAUUCUGCAGAAACUGCUUAAUUCACUUCCUAUAACGGGUUAUUUAGUAAAAGAGCAUUUAUCCUGGAAUAUUCGUAACCUAAAUGUAUCCUCUGAGAUAUGUAGUCCAAUUCAAAUUGUGUGUAAUUAUUUAUAUGCAUAUGAUAAGCAAGAAAUUGAUGUGAUAGAUAUUGUGCUUCAUGGUAAAUGCAGCAUCAAAAAACCGUUACCAGUUAAAAUGUGUCAAGAUUUAAUAGCUAAAUACUUUUUUGAAGGAAACACUGAUGGUGUUUCUUCAUUCCGAUUUGUAGAUAUAUUUGUCAAUGUACUAGCAGAUCAGCUUAGUCGCCUUUCAUCAAGUGCCUAUUUCACUGUUGAGAAUUUAAAGCUGAUGAUUAAAGAUGAAACUUUACUAAGAACAACAUUAGUCAAGACGUUAAUUGACGUUUCUAAAGAGUUUGCGACCAGAUCAUUAAAGACUAAAGAGGCUCAAUUAGAAUCAACUUCUGAUUAUUAUAAGGCGAAAUUCGAAAUAAUUCAGUGGGAUGUAUCUAAUCAUCUUUUGGUCUGUUUCAUGACACAAAAUCCGGAUUCAAUUUGUACUUUGUAUCGUGAAAUAAAUAAG